UGGACCUCACUUUAGCUGAUGCGAAGCUGGGUUCAUUAUUGCGGCUGUUGGACUCUAGAGCUGGAGGUCAGAGCUUCACAGGAGUGAGGAUGUGCUGCUGAGGUCUGCAUGAUGAGCUCCGACAGCGAGGUGAAGACGCUCCUGAACUUCGUCAAUCUGGCGUCGAGCGACAUCAAGGCUGCGCUGGAUCGAUCCGCGCCCUGCAGGCGCUCCGUGGACCACCGCAAAUACCUGCAGAAGCAGCUCAAGCGCUUCUCGCACCGCUACGCCAAGAUGCCCCGCUGCCAUCCGCACAGAAACGGCGACUCCGCGCUCGCUAAACUCUCCGAGGAGAAAGCGCCGCGCGGGACCGGGACCGGGAGAGACGUGAGCGCCGGCUCGGAGGACGAAGCGCGCUCGGGACAGGGACAGAUACCGAUGCCGAUGCGCAAGCGGCAGCUCCCGGCGUCCUUCUGGAAGGAGCCGCAGUCCUCAUCCGGGACCCGCGAGCGUCUGGAGCACUUCCUUAAGAACAACACGAGCGCGACCGGACACGUCAGAACGCCCGCGGUGAACGGCGAGAAAAGCAAGAUGGUUUUUGACGACUCGAAAGCAAACCCGCUGCUGUCCGGUAGCGCGGCGUGCGCGUGCUCGUGCUGCUCGCUCCCGUACCGCGCGCUCCACAGCCGCUUUCUUCUGCCAUACGCGGACGCGCCCUUCAGGAGCCGCGUCGAGCCCGCGCACAGCUUCAGCGCCGGACAGCAGCGCUCCAGCGCGCACGUGGUGAUCAAACCGAUCCCGACGAAGCCCGCGCUCUCCUCCUCCUCCUCCUCCUCCUCCGUGUUCAGCGUGUUCGGAUUCUAACCACCAUUAGUCACUUCAGCGGACUCCUCUCUGUUUUAACCGAUUACUGCACGAGCUGCUCUUGAUGAACACUCGCCUUAAAGCACUUAAAGUACAGAUGUAGCAAGAAUUUGGAUUUGUA